GUGUGUGACUCGUGGGGAGGGCAGGCCUGGUGGGCGCGCAUGCGCAUGGCCUGCGAGAGGGGGAACCGUGCGGUUGAAGCGGACGCCAUCGGAACGAGGUAGCGACAAUGUUGAAGGGGUAGGCCUCGGCCUCGAGUUACACGUCACAGCGCACCCGUACACAGCAAGCUGAGCGGGGGCCCCUCACCGACAGCCGGCCCGGCGGCACUUCAAAGAGACAAGAGAGAGAAAAGAGAGACCCAGUAAGAGAGAAGCGAUGGAUGUGGAUAUGGACUUAGAUCAGGACCUGAUGCAGAAAUUUAGCUGCAUGGGAACCACCGACAAGGAUGUGCUCAUCUCCGAGUUUCAGAGGCUGCUGGGCUUCCAGCUCAACCCGGCCGGCUGUGCGUUCUUCCUGGACAUGACCAAUUGGAAUUUGCAGGCUGCCAUUGGUGCUUACUAUGACUUUGAGAGCCCAAAUAUAAAUGCACCUUCUAUGUCAUUUGUAGAAGAUGUUACAAUAGGAGAGGGGGAGUCUGUUCCACCUGACACCCAGUUCACCAAAACAUGGAGGAUACAGAACACAGGCACAGAACAGUGGCCUCCGGGUGUGUCUUUAAAAUACGUGGGAGGUGACCAAUUUGGGCAUGUUAACAUGGUGAUGGUCCGGUCACUGGAACCUCAGGAAGUUACCGAUGUCAGUGUUCAGAUGCGAAGUCCAACUACGCCAGCAAUGUACCAGGGACAGUGGCGCAUGUGUACAGCUACUGGGCUUUACUUUGGAGAUGUGAUUUGGGUGAUUCUGAGUGUUGAAAUCGGAGGCCUUUUAGGAGUUACGCAGCAGCUUUCUUCAUUUGAAACAGAAUUUUCUUCACAACCCUGUCGCAAGAUUGAAGGCAAUUUUAACCCUUUCGCUUCACCACAGAAAAACAGGCAAUCUGAAGACAACAAUGUGAAGGACCCCGGGGGCCAAAGUACAAAUCCCAUUAGUAAAAAUUCAUGGGGUCCAACUGAAGACCAAAAUGAACAAGAUCAAAAUGGACUGUCGCAGAACUCUGUAAAUAUCUCCCCUAACAGUCACUCUAGCAACUUAUCAGUGGUGACUUACAGUCAGGGUUUCCAUGGCCCUUAUCCUUUUGGUCAGUCUUAAAACGGGUAUUGCCAUUGUCCAGCAGCCUCUGUGGGUCUUGGUGUCACUCUGCAAUUUUGCUAUGGCCCCAUCCCCCCUUUGACCCAACACUGAAAAAUGAUGGCUGGUUGUUUCAAAACAAUGUAUGCAUGUGUGAAUGCUAAAUUAAAGAGUGCUGUAAUUGUUUUAAAAAACAAUGGAUUUUUUAGAUGACAUUGUCAGAAUAAUUAUGUAGUUAAACACAAAGCCAUGUUCAAAUUAUUUUGCCUACUGAGCGACUGUAGUUUAAGCAAAAGGUAAAAAAAAAUAUUUUGUAUUCGUUUGUUCAAAGCAUCUUAAUUGUUGGAAUUUUUCCUGUGCGAGUGAGAGUUUGUUCUGUAACCUGCGGAGUACCACAUGGAGCGCGCAUGAGUGGAGUAGGAUUGGGUGCAAGAUGAGUGUAACUCACUAUAGAAUGGGAGCAGUCUAUGACAGCACAAUCAAUUGGAGACUUUUCCAUACUGUACAAAUGAAGUUUAUUAAAUUAACACUGAAAAGUCUCUAAUCAAGCUUGUGUCUAAUUUUAGAAGUCACAUUCACAAUUACAGUUGAUGCCAACUGAUGGCAAACUUACAAUUUGUUGGGAAUGUUUUAUUCCAGGCUCCAGUUGAUUGUAAAAAUAUUGAGCACUAAUGGGUUAUGCUGUGUGGAUGAUCUGUUAAAUGGAUGAUUUCAUGUUCACCAAAGCAUCCAAAAUCACAUGUCAACUACUCAUUUAUAUGUGCUGAAACAACUGAUGUCUCCUACAUCCAAAAUUAGUUUGUUAGAUAUCCAAAACCAUCUAAUCAACUACAUUGUCUAACCUGAAUAAGUCUCUCCUGUUCUCAAAUCUAUUUUUCCAAAAGUUGGCAUUUUUUUGCCAGUAGUUCAAUGUAUUCAUAGGAAAUGUUCCCUUCCCUACAUGAGCAAUACUAUUUUUAAUAUUGUCCUAGAACUGCCACCCUUGUGCUGUUUUGGAGCUAAUUUGUGUCAUUGGUCUGGCUAAGCAGUAAUAUUCACCUGCAAAUGGUACUUUGCCAGUAAUUCCAUUGAUGCUUAGUAAGGAGACAGGAUGGUGUGAUUUUUUAAAAAAUCUGUUGCAGAUGCCAUGUUCAUGAUCAGUUAGACGAGCAUACUGAUUGUACAGUGGUUUUGGUUCAGACAUUUUCUGCCUCAAGGAGUAGUGGGACAUGUUUGUGCUUGGAAUUCCUAACAUUGUGUGUUCCUGAUCCUAUCUGCACCAUGAAUGGUACAAAGUGAAAGUAAGGGUUCCCCCACAGGGAAAAAAAGGAAAACCAGGUUGUUUCUGUAUGCUUGCUACAAUUGUUGAGACCUAGGAACAGGCCACCUUUGUAAUAAUUUUGCGGUGUUUGGGAGAAACCUAGUGAGGUGGAAAUUGUAAAAUAAUCGGACAACACCAAAGUCUGAUUGUAGCGAGCUGAUAUUACACAGUACAUUAUAUUACUUGGGAUUUAGAAAACCCUGUGUUUUCCUCCUAAAAUUCUCAAGACGUGUGUAACAUAGACAUUUGAUACCAUAGUUCUCAAAGUUGAAAGCACAGUACACAAUUCCUCAUACUUGCAAAAUGCAUUUCAUUUUGAAAGUUUGUUCACCAUAUUUCUAAGCACUUUUAAAUUCUUAUACCUUUUGGUGAGAUAAAACAUUGAAGUUAGAAGAAGGGGAAGUUAGAACAGGAAUGGCUGUAGAUGUGGAACAAGGACACUGAACUGAGUAGGAAGAGGUAAGAAUGUGAACAGAAAGUGGAGCUGAAAUGGUUUCUGCAGCCUUAAGGUUAAUUACUGUUCCUGAGUUUCUUUUUAUUCUGUUUCUAUCCAAUGCAAAUGCUUGUGAUUGAGGUCCCAUUUCCUACUUUGUAAAGUAUUCACCAAAAGCACUGUAUUGAGGAACAUCAAAGUGGAGGAAGCACUAGUGGUAUUUUCCUAAUUGGUACUGGAACACUGCAUCAAACUGAUUUCCACAUGGUGUGAAUAUCUGCAGCUGGAGGAUGAGGGCAGCUGUUAAUGAAGAUGCAUGCUGUGGUCAAAUACACCUUGAAGACUUCUACGCUAAUCUGGUCUGUAAACCUAUUAGGAGCAAAGCCAUUUGGACUUUCCAAAAUACUGAAUCAAUAAAAUUGGUGGUGACUAAAUGCUUAUUUUUUAAAAAUGUGAUAGAAUACUCGGUGUUAGUUGUGAAUGGUGACAAAUGGAGGUCUGAGCCUUUGCAUAUUUGAAGAGACUGUUUUAAAUAAAGAUCCUGAAUUAUGCACUUGCAAGUUCUAAUGAGUGAAACCAUAAUGUUUUGCACCAACUUGUCAGAUGCUGUGUUUUCCCUUCUCUUCAUAUGCUGCUCAACUUUCACGCAGUUCUCUUUUUUUUUUGUAGUCUUUUUGUAGUCAUGGACUUUUUCAUGGCUUAGCAUUUAAUAUUUCUAUGAGUUUCCUGAGUAACUUGCACAUUUCAGCAGAAAAUGGCAAAAACUGCAGAUUAGUAAAUUGUUUGAUGCACUGGCCAUUGCACCAUUUGCAUUUUAAUACUUCAAUAUUGCAGUUCAGUCUACCAAAUACAAAGGGCUGUACAGACCCCCAGAUGUUAUUCUGCAACAGUGUAGGAUAUGCAUGACAAAUAAGUUGCAAAUUUAGUCUCCCUAUCCUACAGUGGUUAACAGUUGAACAAAAUUGGACAAUACAGUACAUACCUGAGAAUAGACUCCUAAGUUGUCAUUAAAACUGCACAAUAACUCAAGUAAAUGUUGAAAUUGGUUUUAAUAUUUGUGCACUCUUUAAACUGCUUGAUAUUCUUGAGUCACCAUCAAUAAAAGAAAUUGUAAUUCACUGAAAUGUAUGUAUUGGUGGACUUUUGAAAAUGGAAGUAUGUAUGUACAUGGCUAAUUGCUGCACUGAACUGAUCCAAACUUAAACACUUGGAAAUGGUUUAAAUUAAAGAAAUGACAAUUUA